UACUCAGUUGGUGUACCAACAAUCAAUUAUAAUAGCUGUUUUUCUAUGUCCUGCCGUGUGCCGUAACAUGUGCUACAAGAACUCCGAAGGGCCAUCAUUUUCGUAUCAAACACAAUGUCACAAGUUUAAAAGUGAUACCGUAGUAGACUACCUGACAUCAAAUCAAUACGCUAAAAUAUGUAAUGACAUAAUUGCCGCAUUUCUAGCAACAUUGAAUGUCCAGCAUAACUACAUAUGAGUAUAUUGAUUUUUGCGACUUCAGAAUGAGAUCUCAUACUCCACACGACACUUCUUAAACGCGCGAUUCCACCAAAAGCGGUUGCACAAGAUAAAGAAGCUGACGUUUGAAACCUGAAACUACAACUAGUAAGGGAAAGAGAUUUACAGCACAUCAAAAUAAGUGGUUCUUUUUAAACUAAUAAUGAGCCUGUGGAUAUUUAUGCAAACCCAUAUUUGUAGGAAUAUAAUUUAAAAAAUCGUACUCAGUCAGUACGUGGUUUUACCUAGUACAUUCUAUGAAGAAUAUUAUAUCUUGAAUAUUUUAUUUAUUUUUGCAUAUCAUGUGCAUUCUUUGCGUUUCAUUACCUUGAAAAUCCUAUAAAUGCAUAAAAAUCCGCAGCCUAGUAAUAUUGAUGUUAUGUUGAUGUUACUUCUACGGUAUUUAAUUUAACCUGAUGGGGUAAUUAAUCUGAGUUUGGAAUAUUUAGUGCGUCGGAAAACCGGAAACCCCGAAAUACUUCAUGUGACAUACUACAAUAAACUCGAACGAUACAUCCAACUUUUGGGUCAAGAUCCGCGUCAUAAAAGUAGCACUAGAAAUAUGAUUGUAAUAAUAGUGGUGACUAGUAUCGCAUGCAUCACUAUCCCAACGGUAAGAACAACACGUCAAUCAUUAUAUAGAAAAGUAGAAAGGAUAAAAUGAUAAAACUGAAUUGAGUAAAUGCUACGGAAUGAAGCUAAUAAUCAGGUAAUGUGAUUAAACAAUUGGGACCUGCAACCGAUAGACAAUAGAGUUAUUUGCGUCGUUGUAUAAAAAUGAUAUGGAUGGAGUCAUCGAGUGUCUGUCAUAUUUUGUCACAUCUUCCACCAGUGCUGUUAAAGUAUUAAAUAUGCAUUUCAACAAACGAAAUGUGAGCAAAUAUCUUCUUACAUAAGAAAUUUUUUCAUACAAGAAGCAUAGAAACUUAUCGUUUUUCUAGUUCAGCAAACUGUUCCAACUUGUGGCAAGACAAUGGCAGCAAUUGAAAUUGAACAACGAAUUGCACGUUCUAGAGAAAGUAGUCAUGCAAGGCAACAGGAUGGCGCACUUUUAUCGUAACACUUUAGUAUCUUUUAUGGUAUUGUUCUUGUUGGUGCCACUAAUUUCUCCAAUUCUUGAUAUUGUCCAUCCAAUAAACGGAACUCGAAAACGCCAACAACUACUAAGAGUUAAUUAUAUAUUUUUUAACGGUGAUGACUAUUUUUUUUACAUUUAUUUACAAUUAUUUUGGAGCUCUGUCAUUGUGGUGCUCACCAUAGUAGGUGCAGAUUGGUUGUAUAUGUUAAUAAUUCAUCAUAGUAGUGGAUUAUUUGCUGUUUGUGGGUAAAUGUCAUGAUGUUAUGUAGGACUUGGUAUCAGUCGCCAUACUCGCAUGUACUUGUUAAUAUUAUAAUCAUUAUAUUUAUAUUAAGUAUACACAUUUUCAUUAUUUGUUUUCAUAACUGUAGAUAUCAAAUUCAAAAAGCAACUGAGAAUCUAAAUUACUUUUCUGGUGAAAAAGAAUCUGAGAAUCUGACAUAUGAAAAAUUCCGAAAUUGCGUGAUGAUGCAUAAGGAAGCGAUACGGUUUUACAAUAUAUUGAACGAAAGCAGCCAAAGUAGUUAUUUAAUCCAGGUUGGAUUAAACAUAUUGAGUAUAAGCACAGCAGCAGUUCAAACCGUAGUAAACUUGGACAGACCAGAAGAAGCAAUACGAAGUGCUGUAUUUUGUGGCGCUUGUCAAUUUCAUUUGUUUCUACUUAGCUUACCUGGUCAGGUACUUCUGGAUCAUUCUUCUGAGUUAGCAGAUAAUAUUUACAGCUCCAAAUGGUAUAAGGCACCCGUGCAGAUUCAAAAAGUACUAUACGUGAUGCAAAUAAGAUGCAGAAGGUUCUGUUCAUUGACGGCAGGUGGAUUGUAUGAAAUGAAUAUAGAAAACUUCGGAAUAACCUUCAAAACGUGCAUAUCCUAUAUUACAAUGUUGAUGUCCAUGAAAGAUUGA